AUGUGGGUUGGCAAGUGUAAUAGACGAGGUGAUCGUGAAUCAGCAAUGUUUAAUAGUGAAUUGUGGAGUGUCUACGAUGCUGUUAAAGCUAAUUGUCCUCGCACUAAUAAUGCUGUCGAAGGAUGGCAUCAUAGUUUUAAUAAUCGAGCACAAAGUGCUCAUUUAUAUUUUUGGAAAUUUAUUAACCUCUUGAAAGAAGAACAAAGUAAUACGGAAAUAGUCAUUGAGCAGUUAUCUUCAGGAGCAGAGCCAGUUAUGAAAAGGAAAAAAUAUCGCGAUUAUGAUUGUCGUGUAUUUAAUGUGGUUGCAGAAUAUAAUUCCGAGAAUAUAUGCAGAUACCUUAAGUGUAUAGCAAAUAAUUUAAAGUUAUAA